GUAUCAUACAGAUAUAUACAACAUUAUCACUCUCUAUCUAUCUCUCUCUCUGUAUCCACUCACCCAACCCGAUCAAUCACCACCACAACCACCAUCACUACGCCCAUCACCCCCAAACACACUCUCUCUUUUAAAAACCAAGGGCAAAGAUACGUCGACUUGGUUACCAUCAGCAGCAGCAGCAGCAGCAAUUUGAUUGAUUCUGGAGUGUGCAUCCAUCAAUCCAUCAUUCCAUCCAUCCAAUCAAACAAACAACAAACAAUCCAUCACAUCAAAGGUCAACAUUCAUAUUCAUUCAUCAAGUCGCUUCAUCAUCAUCAUUAUUAUUAUUAUUAUUAUAUUAGUUUUUUUGGUUCAAGCCCU